GCCGCGGGCCGCAGCGGCCGCCGCCCCGAUGAGCGGAUGAGGAGCGGGCGCGGCGGCCGGCGGUGCCUGGGCGGGGAACCGGGUGCGUGCACCAUGAACCCCGAGCUGGCGAUGGAGCCGCUGGGCAGCCUGCACGGGGCGGCGGGGCACGAACCGGAGAUGAUGGGCAGCCCCAGCCCUCACCACGGCGGCCGCAGCGCGGGGCCGCUCCGGGUGCCGCCUCCCCCGCCGCCGCCGCCGCCGCCGCCGCCGCACCAGGAGCUGCCCCCCGCCGCCCGGCCCGCCAUGGUGCCCAGCAUGGCCUCGCUGCUGGACGGCGCCGCCGAGUACCGGCCCGAGCUCUCCAUCCCGCUGCACCACGCCAUGAGCGUGCCCUGCGAGGCCUCGCCGCCCGGCAUGGGCAUGAGCGGCACCUACACCACGCUGACGCCGCUCCAGCCCCUGCCGCCCAUCUCCGCCGUCUCCGACAAGUUCCACCACCCGCACGCCCACCCGCACGCCCACCACCACCACCACCACCAGCGCCUGCCGGGCAGCGCCGGCGGCGGCUUCGCGCUCAUGCGGGACGAGCGCGGGCUGCCGGCCGUCAACAGCCUCUACGGGCCCUACAAGGAGGUGUCGGCCGUGGGGCAGAGCCUCUCGCCGCUGGGCAACGGGCUGGGCCCGCUCCCUGGCUCCCAGCAGGGCCUGCACGGCUACGGGCCGCCGGGCCACGACAAGAUGCUGAGCCCCAACUUCGAGGCGCACGCGGCGAUGCUGGCGCGGGGCGAGCAGCACCUGCCCCGGGGGCUGGGGACGCCCCCGGCCAUGCUGCCGCCCCUGAACGGCGCGCACCACCCCGCGCCCCCCGGGCCGCCGCCGCCGCACGCGCUGCCCGCCGGCCGGGAGCGGCCGCCCCCCGCCGCCGGCCCGCAGGGGAGCGGCGCGGGGCAGCUCGAGGAGAUCAACACCAAGGAGGUGGCACAAAGGAUCACGGCGGAGCUGAAGCGCUACAGCAUCCCGCAGGCCAUCUUCGCCCAGCGAGUGCUCUGCCGCUCCCAGGGGACCCUCUCGGACUUGCUGCGGAACCCCAAGCCUUGGAGUAAACUCAAGUCCGGCCGGGAGACGUUCCGCAGGAUGUGGAAGUGGCUGCAGGAGCCGGAGUUCCAGAGGAUGUCUGCCCUGCGGCUAGCCGCCUGCAAACGCAAAGAGCAAGAGCCCAACAAAGAGCGGAACAACUCCCAGAAGAAAUCCCGCCUGGUUUUCACGGACCUCCAGCGCCGAACGCUUUUCGCCAUCUUCAAGGAGAACAAGCGUCCCUCCAAAGAAAUGCAGAUCACCAUCUCCCAGCAGCUGGGCCUGGAGCUCACCACCGUCAGCAACUUCUUCAUGAACGCCCGCCGGCGCAGCCUGGAGAAGUGGCAGGACGACCUGAGCUCCGGGGGCUCCUCGUCGGCCCCCAGCAGCUGCACCAAGGCGUGAGGGGCGCAGAGCGCGGCUCCGCGGCACGGCCCUCGCUGGAGACUAAAGCACAAUCCCCGCAGCCAAGCCCAGCCAGCCGGUCCCCAGGACGUUCCUACGGCUUCCCGGCAGUUUAGCAGGCUCCACGUCACCCUCUCUCCACACAAUCCUUUGCUCAGGACAGGCGAGGCAGGUCUGAAACGCAGGGAGUCGUUCUUGAGGCAGGUUUCUCCUGAGCCCCGGGUUCCCGUGCUCGGCAGCCUCCCGUGCCCGGUGCCUGCCGUGUGCUGGCCACACCACCCUGCGGCCACGCCACAACGGAGCACAGAGUCGGAUACUGACAACCCAAGACCCUGUUUUUAAACUCAGGCAUGGUUUUUUGUUACGUGUUUUAAGGGAAAAAAAAUCAGAUUCAGGGUUUUUUUGGUUGUUUCUCUAGUUUAGUUGAAUCAGCUCGUUCUCGGAUCAGAAAAGUGCGGUUCUCUUGAGCUCGAAGUAUCAAGCACAAGGCUGGUAGCUGCAGCCACGUCCGGCCCUGGGCUGCCAGGGCGGCUGUGCCAGCUGCAGCCUGACAGCCCGGGAACACCGCACGAGCCUCAAGCACAGCUGGCAGUUCCUCACAAGCUCUGUGUUUGUACCUAAUGCACACUCAGGAGGCCGAUGGAACUGCUACAGUUCAUGGAGCAAACACAAUGUUUUGGAUGACUUCGAUUAAUUUGCAUUAUUACAUCCUUUUUAGUUUCUGGGAAUCUGGUUUCUCCUCGGCAACGGCUGUUACCAAAACCUUUUUAGCGUUCAGUGCAUUUUUGUUCCUUUUAUCAGUAUUUUAUGGUACUUUCAAGCAGGAAAAGAAACAGAGACAAGCCCUUCAGCGUUUCAGAUGUGCCGCGUGUAGCUCUACCGCAUCCCCAAGUUCCUUUUCCCUGCCGGCUCCCCGGGCCGGCAGGAACACAGCACACCAAAGAGACAGGAUUUCUGCAAGCCAAAGAUGUUUGUACCUUGCCAUUCUCCUCGCGGGUGCUUGGCUGGCGCUGGGGGCUGGCCAGCCCCCUCUGAGCUCCGCGCAGCGGGGCCGCCCCGGCGGCGGCACGGCCGCGGCCGCGCUCCGCCACAGACACUUGAGACUUUUUAUAUGUACUGCUUAAUCGAAACCAAAGAAACGUUUUCUGCACCUACUUCUUCUGCAACAAACUGUUCCAUUGAAAGAUAAAAUAGAAAAAUUUAAAAAAACCAAGGAAGCAUGUCAGGAAGCAAACGAGUCCCACACUGUGUUCUACGAACAUCUCGGACGUUUUCGGAAGCAGAUCUCAAAGAAAGGGUUGACAAGAAUGAGAACAAAGCAAAGCCAGUACAAUUGCUGCUUCAUUUGACAACUCAAGUCCUCUUAAAGUUGAAGAUUGUCUUUAAUUUGUGCCUAUGCAGUUUUUUCAAAAGAACAAGGAACAGAGCAACCAAAACCUCAACAGCUACCAUACCAAAGAUGAGGAUUCUCACUACUUGUGUUUCAGUUUGUUUCUCCUCUUGCACGACUAAUGCACAUAACCCCACUGAUCUCUGGACAGGUAACCACUCGUGAGUCUUGGUGCAGCCAGAAGGGUGGGUUCCUUUGUGUUUUCCCUGUUUCUGCCCCACACAGCAUCUCCCUGGGAGCUGCACGGGCUCCGAGUGCAGGGUGUUGGGGUGCUGCCCUGCUGCAUCUCCUCCCUCCAGGAAGCACUUGUGGGCUGGCUGUGACCUGUGUGCUGGUCUCCUGUGUGUCUGGAGCUGUGAGAGCCACCCUCCUGUACGUGACCUCCACCCCUCUUUCUCCUCCCCGGGGUGAAACUUGCAAUAUGUGUGAUCCCCUCUCUGUCACUGUGAGUGCUGAGCAGCACCACAGCCCGGCUCCAAACCUCCACCUGAACCAAGCCCGAGUAUUCAGCAGCUCCUGGGGCAGCUCAGGAGUGCUUCUGACAUAUUAGCCUGUAAUGCUGUUUGACCCAGGUCAUGGUGAUCCAGAUCAUGACAUGUCCAAUUUAUCCCCAGAGCCGGAGUGUGUUUGCUCCUCUCUGCCUUCAAACAAGGGCUUCACUUCAACUGCUUCACAGAACUGCUGCAGUCACUUUCCAAUGGCUGCACUUAAAAUAGAAAAAAAUCCAGAAGCCAUG